UUCGACACUUUUUGAACACCGACUUGUCACCACUCCAAUCCACGAUCGAUUGCUCCCCCAGUGCUCCGUCACGAUGACUGCGACCACGACAAUGACGCAAACAGCGUCACCAUCUUCAGCAGAGAACAUCUUGCGGCUGUUUCCCGAAAUCAACACAGAGCUCGCAGCUCAAACCCAGUCCGCAACACAAGAUGCCGACCUCGCUGGCUACGACGAAGAGCAGAUCCGACUCAUGGAUGAAGUCUGCAUUGUGCUGGACGACAAUGAUAUUCCGAUAGGUAGUGGCUCGAAGAAGAUGUGUCAUCUCAUGGAGAACAUCAACAAGGGAUUGCUGCACCGCGCAUUCUCCGUCUUCCUCUUCGAUUCGCAGAAUCGCCUUCUACUGCAGCAACGAGCCUCUGAGAAGAUUACGUUUCCUGAUCUCUGGACCAACACAUGCUGCUCGCAUCCACUAGGGGUGCCUGGCGAGACAGGUUCUACACUGGACGCUGCAGUCAUGGGCGUGAAGCGAGCAGCACAGCGGAAGCUCGAUCAAGAACUUGGCAUCAAGGCAGAGCAAGUUCCCAUUGAGAAGUUCAACUUCUUGACAAGAAUACACUACCUCGCGCCGAGUGAUGGCAAGUGGGGAGAGCACGAAGUGGAUUAUAUUCUUUUCAUCAAAGCAGAUGUGGACGUAGUCCCAAAUCCGAAUGAAGUGCAGGCCACCAAAUAUGUGUCGCCAGGCGAGCUUAAGGCAAUGUUCGCAGACGGCAAGCUUGCGUUCACACCAUGGUUCAAGCUCAUCUGCGAGAGCAUGUUGUUCGAAUGGUGGCAGCAUCUGAACAGUGGACUGGACAAGUAUCUGGGCGAGACUGAGAUCAGGAGGAUGCUGCCUGCGAACGUCACAGGUGCGCCAAAGCCUAUCGUAUGAUCAGGGAACUUGUGCGGUGUCAUUAUGCUUGGGAUGCAUGGUUCAGGGACGUACACGAGCUGUUGAAGAUACCAGAGACCGACAGAAUCUCAAGCCAUCGCGUGAUGCCAUGAAUACCUAUGAACAUGAGCAGAAUGUGACCGAAUCUGAUCAUCUGAAUUUUGAGGUGAGGUCUGUAACUCCUGCCAUUCUGAACGCAGUAGCUCCUUCCAUUCGCCCGCACGGCAGCCUCGAGGCUUGGAUGCAUAUAGCGCAUUAAAGUGUAAGAGGUACCUCUUAGUCGAGCUUCAUUCAACUUUCAC